UAGUCAUUUUCCUUUUCUUUUUCGUUGUCUUAGGAAAUUGGCUCCACCGGGUUCAUCCCCUCCCACCCCCUCGCACACGAGCGCUCUGCUCGAUCUCCACCGCCGAAUCAAUCUCGUCGUCGGCGAGAAAUCCAAUGGGAAGCCCCGGUGUAGUGUUCCUGGUCGGUUCGAUUAGUGGUGGAGGAGCUUCGACGGCAGAUCAAGGCAUCUGGCGGCGGGGGUCGCCGUGUUGGGCCUGCGAGGGUUCCUUCGGCGGCACGACGUUCCCAAUUCUAUACUUCUGAGGUGGUGCGGGCGUCGGAGGAGGACUUGGUGGAAGGGAUUCUGCCGCGCGGCACCGCAAAUCGACGCUACUGUGGCGGGGCGGCCGUCGGCUGAGGGGUGGUUGAAGGAGAGCAAUAGCGGUGUGGUGCUGUAUCUGCAGAUGGACCUCUGUUCCUUCUAGCAGCAUGCACCGGGGCUUUAACUUAUUCUUCCCUUGGUGCAUGAUCUUGACUUUGAUCCUCCUCAAAAUUUGUACAUCUGCGUCAUCCAGAAUUGGAACAUUUAGUUCAGGCAAACAGAGCUCAUGCUAUGAAGAUCUCAUGGUGCCUACAAUUUGAGUAAGCAUGAAACCUCAAGGAAAUUGUACAUGAUGUUUUUGAUCCAGUUUUCUGCUAGAAUUUUUUCUGGAUCUUCCAUGUUGUUCGAGUGGUGGUUCAAAGUUGUGAUGCUCACAAACUUAUGAAAACACAUGCUCUUGCUCAUAUUUCUCAUAGCAGAACAUUUUUUUACAUCCUAGUAUGCACAUCACUUCCAGCUAUUGUAUGUUUACAAUGAGGCAAUUUCAUUUUCCAAUCAUGGAAUAUUUUGUUACAUCAACAAUUUUUACAUUGAACCUGGCUUGUAGAAUAAAAUCUAUUUAUACCGAUCUGGAUGUGCAGAAGUAAUUUUACCUUCCUCAGGUUCUUGCACAGCAGUAGGAAUGGAGACUUGUUCUACUCCUUUUCCGGUUUAUUUGCUCUUUUGCUUGUAGUUUAUGGUGUAUAUGUUCUACUCGUAUGUGUCUGACGGGGUCUGUAUUUUCUUGAGCAUCUCCCAAGCCUGGCACGCGCUCCCGCACGAAAAGAAAACCAGCAGGGAAAUGGACCAGAUCGUCUUGCUAUUUUUGGAACAUGUCGCUUUCACCACGCGGGACCACUUUCUAUUUCUGGAAAUUGUCAUGUUCAGGGGCACCCUGUAGCGCUAAAUAGUAACCGUGCACUGUGUAGCAGCCCCCAGACAAAAAUUAUUUCCACUUUAUCGUUCACUAAGGCAAUUUUGAUGAAGUAUACUUCGAGGGACAACAUUUGAGGGGGCAAUGGCCGCAGAUGUUCAAAUAUGUAACUCAUGACAAAUCUAGUGACUAAAUAAGAGUGCAAUUGGUCUUUGUGAUGUUCAAAUAUUUGCUCUUUGUGAUGGAAACAAAGAUCGAAGGAAAGCGUGUUGAGAAGUUAGCUAGCACCUUUGGGUUUGCCGGAGGAUUUGCUGUUUAUAGUGUUGGUCUAAGUGGUGGAAUUGGUAUUUUCUGGUCAUAUUCGGUUACAGUCGACUUGAAGAGUUUUAAUGCACAUCAUAUUGACGUGAUGGUGCAGGACAAAAAUGGAUCUAUCCCUCCCUGGAGGUUCACAGGAAUUUAUGGUGAGCCGAGGCGUGAGAAUAGACAUAACACCUGGACGUUGAUGAGACGUCUUCAUGCGCUCCGAAAUAGCCCGUGGCUAUGUUGUGGUGAUUUCAAUGAAACAUUACAUGCUACUGAACAUUUUAGUGAGCACCCUAGAGAUGAAUGGCAGAUGAGAAAUUUCAGAGAAGCAGUGGAGGAUUGUGAACAUCAAGAUUUGGGUUUUUCAGGUCUGCAUUAUACCUGGGAUAAUAGGAAGGAAGGAACAGUAAAUGUUAAAGCUCGGAUUGAUAGAUCGCUGGGCAAUGCAGCUCUCUUGCAGCAGUUUCAAGUGGUCAAGGUAAAGCAUGUGAGUACUGUUCAGUCUGAUCAUUGCAUGGUGGUUACUGAGUUGAGGACGCAUGGUAACAUAGGGCCCUCAGGUGGACGCACUUUUCGCUAUGAAAAUGUUUGGCAAACUCAUGGAGAUUAUGAUAGGGUUGUGCGCCAACUCUGGGAGGGAGCAAGCAAAGGAAAUGGGCUGGGCGGUUUUGCUUAUACUCUGAAAUGCAUGCAGACCGGACUAGAUGCCUGGGGUACAUCAACUUUUGGCAAUUUUAAAAAGAAACUUGAUAAUCUGAGGAAAGAGCUUGAAAGGGUUCGAAGACAAUCUGUGGGGAGAGGGCCUUUGCCUGAAGAAAAGAAAUUGAUGGAGAAGAUAAAUGACACACUUUAUCAAGAAGAAAUAUGGAUUAAGUAGAGAUCAAGAAUUAACUGGGUAAAGUCGGGAGACCGCAACACAGCUUUUUUCCAUGCUUAUGCAGCUCAACGAAAAAGAAUUAAUACCAUCACUACCUUGCAGCGUACUGAUGGCUCUUGGUGUGAUGAUGUAGAAUCGGUGAGAGAGGAAAUCCAACUUUCUAUAUGGAAUUAUAUACCUCAGAUGGUAUUCCUGUGAUGGGUGAGCUUUUAGACCAUGUCCAGGAGAAGGUUUUCCAGGCUGAUCGAGAUAAACUGAGUGAAGUUUUCACCCCAGAGGAGGUUAAGAAAGCACUGUUUCAGAUGCAUCCAUCUAAAGCCCCAGGGGUUGAUGGGUUUACAGCACGUUUCUAUCAAAGGCACUGGGACCUGAUUGGUGAUACUCUUACUGCAGCAGUUCUGGGUUUCCUCAAUGGAGUGGGAGAGGUACCUGAGUCAAUAAACGACACAUCCAUAACUUUGAUUCCAAAGGUACGCAAUCCACAAUCAAUUAAACAGUAUAGACCUAUUUCUUUAUGCACUGUCUUAUAUAAGAUUUCUACUAAGACGGUGGCAAAUAGAAUGAGACCAGUUUUGGAGUAUACUAUUAGUCAGGAGCAAUCUGCUUUUGUUCCUGGUCGUUUGAUAACAGAUAAUAUUUUGGUGGCCUUUGAGUGCAUUCAUACAAUGAAAAGAAAAAAGAAAGGCCAGAAGGGUCAUUGUGCAGUCAAACUUGAUAUGAUGAAGGCUUAUGACCGGGUUGAAUGGCCUUUUCUCGUUGAAGCUGGGUUUUCCAUCCUCUUUGGUUCAGCUUAUUAUGAGAUGUGUGUCUACUGUCAGGUUUGCUGUCAAGGUUAAUGGUGGUCUUCUUGAGGCUUUUUACCCUUCACGUGGAAUUAGACAGGGAGACCCGAUCUCGCCUUAUUUGUUUUUACUAUGCUCCGAAGGUCUAACAGCUUUGCUUCAUAAUUUUGGCAUGGGUAUUGUUGACAGAGGAGUGCGAUUUUGCAACAGACCACCAUGGAUUUCACAUUUGUUAUUUGCCGAUGAUAGCUUGAUUUUUAUCAAUGCUAAUAGUGCCAGCGCUAUGCGGUUGGAUGAGAUUCUUCGUAUCUAUAACGAAGCUUCGGGCCAGAGAGUCAACAGGGAGAAAAGUGCCAUAUUUUUCAGUCCUUGUACUUCUGAAGCUCAUAGAAUGGAGGUGAAGCAAGUGUUGAGUAUUCAGACCGAGGCGUUUAGUGAAUAGUAUCUGGGUUUGCCUACUGCAGUUGGUAAGCUAACUAGUGAAGCGUUUGAAUAUAUUCUUGAAAGUGCUCGUAGUAGUAUCAAUGGUUGGGCAGAGAAGAAUUUGUCAUAUCCAGGAAAAGAGGCUUUGUUAAAAUCAGUUAUUCAGGCCAAGGCUACUUUCAGUAUGAGCUGUUUUCAACUUUCGAAAGGGACAUGCAAAAAAUUUAAUUCUAUGAUGGGAGGUUUUUGGUGGAGUGGAAAUCUGGAUAAACGAUCUAUGCAUUGGAUCGCUUGGGACAAAUUGGCUAUUCCGAAAAACCAAGGCGGCAUGGGUUUCAGGGAUAUGCAAGCGUUUAAUGUGGCUCUGUUGGGGAAGCAAGCAUGGAGAUUGAUCACGAAUCCAAAUUCUUUGUGUGCUCAAGUUCUCCAAACAAGGUACUACCAUAACCGUAAUUUCAUGGAGGCUACUGCGCCAAGAGCUGCUUCCAGAACUUGGCGAGCCAUCUUGGUAGGCAUGGAAGAUUUGAAGAUAGGUUUGAUCAAAAGAGCGGGCUCGGGUGAAACUAUAUCCAUCUGGCAUGAUAGUUGGAUCCCGGGGUCAGUUUCUAUGAAGCCAAUGGGUCGGCUACAGAAUGAUGAUGAUGUGAUUAUGGUGAAUGAGCUCAUUACUGCGGAUUACCAGUGGAAUGUAACAAGGAUCCGAGAGAUGUUCUUUGCGCCUAAUGCAGAUGCAAUUAUCGGAAUACCUCUGAGAAAUAACGGAGGUGAAGAUUUUCUUGCAUGGGCUCAUGAGAAAUCUGGUAUUUACUCUGUCAGAUCGGCUUAUAGAGCGAUUGUGGCAAAGGGUUAGGCUGAUGAUAUGGCCAGAAGUGAUGCUCCUCCUUCAUCUUCGACGACUGAUGUUUGGAAGAGAUUGUGGAAGCUUUGUGUUAUUCCAAAAGUGCGUUUGUUUUGGUGGAGGGUUCUUCGUGGAAUUCUGCCCGAUUAUGGGACCCUUACACGGCGGCAUGUCAUGGUUGAUAGCACUUGUGGUAUAUGCAAAGCAAAAUCUGAAAGUAUGUUUCAUGCUCUGAUCGAAUGCAGUCAUGCACAGAUGUUUUGGGCAGCUGCGAAAGAGAUUUUAUUGGUGAAACUACCAAGGUUGCAUCCUAGUACGUGGGCAAGGGACAUUUUAUGUUGUUCUCUUUUCCCAGAUAAGGAUAUUGCAAGAAUAAUUUCGGUGAUGUACACUAUAUGGACAUCAAGGAACAAAGUGACUCAUGGUGAGGCAGUCUUCAAUCCGUCAAAAUCCAUGGAGUUUAUUCAUGAAGCUAUGCAGACUUUGGAGCUUCGAAAGGAGCAACGAAGUGCAAAAUCUCCAAUGCCGGCGUGUACCUGGCAUGGGCCCCCAGAUGGUUUUACCAAAAUCAAUUCAGAUGGAGGUAUUCAGGUGUUUUUAAAUCUGGCGGCAUCCGGAGUAGUGGCACGAGAUGCUACUGAUUUUUGUGGUGCAAUGUGCAAGACCUAUACGGGAAUUUCAGACCCAAUAACUAUUGCAGCUUUGGCUCUCAGAGAUGCUUUUAAGUAUGCUACAGAGAGAGGUUUUACUCAAGUAAUUUUUGAGGUUGAUUGUGCCGAGUUGGUGAAGAGUUGGCAAAAAGGUCAGGUGGAUAGGUCAGUGAUUCGUCCAAUCCUGGAAGAGAUUAGGGAUAUUAGUUUAUCUUUCAUCUCUUGUAAUGUAGUUUCUGUCCGGCGAGAGGCAAACCAGGUGGCUCACUGUUGCGCAAAGUUUGCGUUAGUACAGGAGGGGUCUUUUACCUGGAAUGUCGAGGCACCAGAAUUCCUUGCUCACAGCCUUAGUGCUGAUUGUAAUCCUGCUAUGUAACGGUUUGUGUAAGGUAGCAAGUUUCUGACGCACUCUUUUCCUUCCAGGGUACCCAACGGGGACUGGAAGGUUUUUAAUGAGGCGGCUUGCUGACCUAAUAUAUAUUGAAUU